UGUAAAUGAUGGCAAGAAUACAUUCUGAUUCCCAUAACCUGGAGUUGACAAGAUCCAAAGAUGCAAUUAACGAGGAUCUGGAGAUUGUCAAAGAGAAAAACAAAAAUAAAUCUCAGGUCAAUGUAUCUUCUCAGAAAAAUUUAAUCAGAAAAUAUUCUGUAUUUCAAAGACCAAGAGUCAUACAGCACAAGGAGCUCCAGAUAGCUACCAAGAGGGAAAAUACAGGAAAAAUGAUGAUCAAGAGACUUAAGAAUAAUUUCAAAGAAUUUAAUUCAAUCAUUUUGAGUUUAAAUUAACCAGAAUCAUGGGAAUUUUAUACCGCAAAGGAAAGUAGGAAAUUAUAAGAAGAAAGAUAGUAAUCGAUCUUCUAAGGCUCGGUAUUAUGGACAUAAGAACGGCCCUGAGAGGAUAUCUCAGACAUCCUUCUUUGAAAGAAAGAACAGUGCCCAGUUUGUCAAAUUAUCGCCCUUCAAAUAAAAAUAGAAGAGGGCUAAAAUUCGAAAUUGACUAUGGUAAAGUCAAAUCUAUUGUCAGGACAUAUAAAAGAGAUUAUGAUCUGGAGAAAUUUCAAUCUCCUUACACCAGGAAUUUCAAACUCGCUAAGCAUAGUGAUGCUCCUUCUAGGGAGUAUAAAGGGAUGCAUAGAAAGACUUCUAACCCACAUUCUGUAAACUUCUUAAGAAGACAGAGAAGCUCAACCUCUAAUUCUGUCGAUUAUGGCAAGAGAAUGUCUAUUCAGGGAUCUAAUCAUGAUUUCUUUGGUUUAAAAUCCCAAACUAGUAUUCAAGAUAAAAAUAAACUUUUGGGAAAUAGCUCAUUUGAUAGUUAUCGACAGAAUAAGCCAAGAGAAAAUCAGCAGAAAAAGAAGUGAUUUUGAUUUCAAAAUAGUUGAGAUUAUUUAAACCGAGACAAAGGAUUUUGUCCAUGAUCAGCAUAUUCUUCCUGUCUCGCUCCAAAAUCCAAUAUCAAUGAUAAACAUUCUCGGUAUGAGAAAACCCAACCAAGGUAUAGCCCUUCUAAAGUAAAUCUGACAUUCUAUGACCAAAGGGGUGAUGAAUUAUUGAUCAAAGAUAAGGGUACUGUACUUCUCAAGGUGAGAAAACUAUAAAUUUUUUGCUAUUAUAUAACCCAUAC